GGCGGUUCCUCCCAGCAGCAGCAGCCACACCGCUCACAGGGAAAGCUUUUCUUCUCACAGCAGCAGCAGCGGGGUUUUCUGACUGCACACACCGGAUAUUCAACACAUUAAAAACACACACUCACGUCUGAAAGCGGCGAGAGAAGAAGGACACCGUGGUCGGGUCGUGUAUCCCUCCCCAUCCCGCCUCUUUCAAUCCGGGCGUCGUUGCCUUUCUUUUCAUUUUCAUUUUUUUUUUUUUUUUAAAUUUGUGGUAUCUUUCCUCACAGAUUGGUCUGUGGCGCACUCAGGUUUUCUUUUGCUGACAUGGUAGAUUAUCACGCUGCCAAUAAUCAGUAUUCGGCCGGCGGUCCACAAACCUACAUGGAGCAAGAGAAUGAUUGGGACCGGGACCUGCUGCUGGACCCGGCCUGGGAGAAACAGCAGAGGAAGACGUUCACAGCGUGGUGUAACUCCCACCUGCGGAAGGCCGGCACUCAGAUCGAAAACAUCGAGGAGGACUUCAGGGAUGGGCUCAAACUCAUGCUGCUGCUGGAGGUCAUCUCAGGCGAACGGUUACCCAAGCCCGAGCGAGGAAAGAUGAGAGUCCACAAGAUCAACAACGUGAAUAAAGCUCUGGACUUCAUCGCCAGCAAGGGUGUCAAACUUGUCUCCAUUGGAGCAGAGGAAAUCGUGGACGGAAACGCCAAGAUGACCCUGGGAAUGAUCUGGACCAUCAUCCUCCGCUUCGCCAUCCAGGACAUCUCUGUAGAAGAGACCUCUGCUAAGGAGGGUCUUCUCUUGUGGUGCCAGAGGAAGACCGCUCCCUACAAGAAUGUCAAUGUGCAGAACUUCCACAUUAGCUGGAAGGACGGCCUCGCCUUCAAUGCUCUGAUCCACAGACACAGACCCGAACUCAUCGAUUACGACAAGCUCAGAAAGGAUGACCCAGUGACCAAUCUGAACAACGCCUUCGAGGUGGCUGAGAAAUACCUGGACAUCCCCAAAAUGUUGGACGCUGAAGACAUCGUGGGUACGCUGAGGCCGGAUGAGAAAGCCAUUAUGACCUAUGUAUCUUGCUUCUAUCACGCCUUCUCUGGUGCUCAGAAGGCUGAGACAGCCGCCAAUCGUAUCUGCAAAGUGCUGGCUGUCAACCAGGAGAACGAGCACCUGAUGGAGGACUACGAGAAACUGGCCAGUGAUCUGCUGGAGUGGAUCCGUCGAACAAUCCCCUGGCUGGAGAACCGAACCCCAGAGAAAACCAUGGCUGAGAUGCAGCAGAAACUGGAGGACUUCAGAGACUACCGCCGUGUCCACAAACCACCCAAGGUCCAGGAGAAAUGUCAGCUGGAGAUCAACUUCAACACUCUGCAGACUAAACUGAGACUCAGCAACAGACCUGCCUUCAUGCCAUCAGAGGGACGCAUGGUUUCUGACAUUAACGGAUCGUGGCACACUCUGGAGGGAGCAGAAAAAGGCUACGAGGAGUGGCUUCUCAACGAGAUCAGACGUCUGGAGAGACUCGAUCACCUGGCUGAGAAAUUCCGCCAGAAGGCGGCCAUCCAUGAAUCCUGGACUGAUGGUAAGGAAGCCAUGCUGACCCAGAAAGACUACGAGACCGCCUCUCUGUCAGAAGUCAAGGCGUUGCUACGGAAACAUGAGGCCUUUGAGAGCGACCUGGCAGCCCAUCAAGACAGAGUGGAGCAGAUCGCCGCCAUCGCACAAGAACUGAACGAGCUGGACUACUACGACUCUCCCAGCGUCAACACUCGCUGUCAGAAGAUCUGCGAUCAGUGGGACAGCCUGGGAGCCCUCACCCAGAGCCGCAGGGAGUCACUGGAGAGGACAGAGAAGCAGCUGGAGUCGAUAGAUGAGCUCUACCUGGAGUACGCCAAGAGGGCGGCACCCUUCAACAACUGGAUGGAGGGAGCUAUGGAGGACCUGCAGGACAUGUUCAUUGUCCACAACAUUGAGGAGAUCCAGGGUCUGAUCACAGCUCACGAGCAGUUCAAGUCAACCCUGCCAGACGCCAACAAGGAGCGAGAGGCCAUCCAGGCCAUCCAGGCUGAGGUGCAGAAGAUCGCCCAGUACAACGGCAUCAAGCUGAGUGGAACCAACCCCUACACCACCAUCACACCUCAGAGCAUCGACAACAAAUGGGAACAGGCACAGCAGCUCGUGCCCCAGCGUGACCAGGCCCUUCAGGAAGAGCUUUCCAAGCAGCAGUCCAACGACCAUCUGAGACGCAAGUUCGCCACUCAGGCCAACAUGGUCGGCCCCUGGAUACAGACCAAGAUGGAGGAAAUUGGCAGGAUAUCCAUUGAGAUGAACGGCACUCUGGAGGACCAGCUGACCAACCUGAGGGAGUACGAGCAGAGCAUCAUUGAGUACAAGCCCAACAUCGACCAGCUGGAGGGAGACCACCAGCUCAUCCAGGAGGCCCUCAUCUUUGACAACAAAUACACCGCCUACACAAUGGAGCACCUCCGUGUGGGCUGGGAGCAGCUGCUCACCACCAUCGCCAGAACCAUCAAUGAGAUCGAGAACCAGAUCCUGACGCGUGACGCCAAGGGCAUCAGCCAGGAGCAGCUCCACGAGUACCGUGCCUCCUUCAACCACUUCGACAAGGACCACAGCGGGGCCCUGAUGGCCGAGGAGUUCAAGGCCUGUUUGAUCAGUCUGGGCUACGAUGUGGAGAACAACAAGCAGGGUGACGCUGAGUUUGCUCGCAUCAUGGGCAUAGUGGACCCCAACAACAGCGGCGCUGUCACCUUCCAGGCCUUCAUCGACUUCAUGUCUAGGGAAACGACCGACACGGAUACCGCAGACCAGGUCAUCGCCUCCUUCAAGAUCUUGGCCGGGGAUAAGAACUACAUCACUGCUGAGGAGCUGAGGAGAGAACUCCCCCCCGACCAGGCGGAGUACUGCAUCGCCCGAAUGGCACCGUACUCGGGUGCCGACGGCAUCCCCGGAGCCCUCGACUACAUGUCCUUCUCUACUGCCCUGUACGGAGAGAGCGACCUGUAGAGGAGAAGCUGGACAGAGGAGGAGGAAGUGAGGGAGAGGAGGAAGAAGGGGGAGGGAGGUAGAGAGAGAGAGGUCUUCUGCGCGUGGCGGAAAUGCGCCAGGAAAUCGAGCAUUUUUGGAAGAAUUUGAGUGGUGGUUGUGAGGUGCCCCUGCGUGUGCCGGUUUUAGAAAUCAUCAGAAAUUUGUAAGACUCUUUGAGCUUGUUGAUUUGAACUGUAGUUAGAUUGGGCCUUUGCUGAAUGUUUUUCCAGUUCCUGUAUCACUUAAACAAAUUGAGAGUAAUCACGGUUAAUUUGACGUAAAGGUGUUAAUAAGAACAGGCAUAUCCAGGGGCAGCUGUGAAGACAGGGAACAGUUGCUCUGUAGUGCGGGUCUUUAACUUCACCCUCUCUGCCUUUGGGGGGUCAAACAGGGGAGGGAGAGGCAUGGGGAAGGGGAGGGGGGGCACAAGCUAAUCUGAUACUUAUGCUAAUUUUUUGUUUAUUUUAUUAUAAUUUUUUCUUCUUGCCAGGGGGGUGGGGUUCAGGGUGUCGAAUGCGCAGCGGGGGAGGGGAGGGGGGUUGACAUGCCGCACGGCGAUGUUUGUUUAUUAGAUCCUAGAGAGAUACAGUAUAUGCUGCGGGGGUCAGGGGAGUUGGGAGGGGUGCAGGGGAGGGGAGGGGUGGAGUGGGGUGUUGACCAACCAGAGAUAAAAAUGACAUAUUUACCCAUAAUUCCCAAUGUUGCUGGAUAAGGUGACCUGUCUAACCUCAAGCUCUUUCCUCUUCCUGUCUUUGUUUAAUUCUUUCUUUUUGUUUAGUUUCUGGAGCAGGUGGGUGGUGGGGUAGGGUCAGGUCAGGUGGGGAUUUGGGGUGUGUGUGGAAGGGCGGGGCUCAGCGCUGUACAUACUUAUUUUUUUCAGUGCGAAGAAUGACACACACAUACAGAGUCCCAGUCGUCGAGGAUCACCAAUCGCCGGCUUUCCAGUUGAGCGAAGUUGAGUGACGUUUAUUAAAAAAGAAAAAGGAAAAAAAAAGAAGAUGAAAUAUACCAAUGAAUAGUGACGCAGAGAGCGCAGUUUCACCAGUGGAGAGGUUGUUUUUUUGUUUUUUUGUUUUAGCAAUUGAAAAUAAUCAUAGAAGAAAAUGGGUAGCCGUUAGGUUGAGGCUUGUGUACCUAAAAGGCCUUCUCCUGUAUAAAUCCCAUGACAGUCCAAACCAUUAUUAUCCACAAAUAUCUGCUUCUGUGAAACUAUUAUCCUUCUGGGGCGGGCAUCAGGUGCUUAUUUAAAUACAAAAAAAAGAAGAAAAAACUAUACAUUUAUAUGAUAGCUAAGACUGCAGUAGUCAAAAGUUAGUUAAAAGAAUUUUAUAUUCCUGAUAACGCACACACAUGCAGACAUAUACACGUCAUGUCAUUGGAUGCAUUUGAUUGGCUGAAUGAAGGUUCUGAGGAGCGCCCCAGGUGACUUUUUCCAAAAAUUAAAAGGUGGAAGUAAUAAAAAUAAAAAAAAUUGCCUGUUGGUGGCUACAGCCCUGUCCUGCUCUCUCUCUCUCUCUCUCUCUCUCUCUCUCUCUCUCCCUCUCGCUCUCUCUCUCUCUCUCUUUUACUCUCUCCCACCUUCUCUCUCCCACUCCCUCUCUUCCCAAUCCCUUCCCUCCAUCCCUUCCCGUUUAUCUCUGAUGUAAGAGAAGGGAAAGAAAAUUUGCUAAGGAAGGAGGGAAGGGAAGUGUCGGGGAGGGGUCUUUUUUUUAUGUAAAACAUUCCAUUACAUGCAAAGAAUAACUUUAAAAAAGAGGAAAUUGUUCUGUAAUUUAAAAAAAAAAAAAAAAAAAUCUAUGCAAUCAUAAUGUGUUCAAUAUUCUUGGAGGAAAGUCGUGCGCAUCAAAUUGAGAACCAGAAAUAGAGGAUAACAGAUUUCUCCAGUGUUUGUCGGUCAUUGCAGGAUGGAGGAGAGGAAAGGAGAAGAGAGGGGGAGACAGAGGGACAGAAAGGGGAAGGAACUGAGAAGAAAAGACUCGGACCAAAAGCUUGUUUCUUUUUUUUUUCUUUCUCUUUGUUUUUUUUUUCCCCUGCGAGGUUGGAGAGAAAUGAACUCUGGAAUUGUGAUUUUUUUUUUUUUUUUUGUACUCUUUAAUAUCGAACCUUAUCUGCUGUACUGGAAACUGCAACGCCUUCUGUCUCUAAUGAUAAGUGAGUUUCACAAAGCACACAUAAAAGUUUCCUUACAAAAUA